CGAGGAGCCGACGGGGGGCGGGGUUGUUUGUUUUCAAACUGAACCAGGAGGAAAAGAGCAGCGAAGAUGGCGGCCACGGCGUCCGCCGAGCGUCCCGCUGAAGCAAAGGAGAUGUGCCCGGGGAGCGGGCCUCUGCUCCGGCUCAGAUCCGCGUCCGACCCGCAGGCCCGGCCCCCCACGGGCGAGCUGAAGUGUCCGGCGGGGUGCGGGGGGGACCUUCCCGGUCCCGGGCCCGCCGCCCUGCCCCGCUGCGGACUCUCCGCCUGCCUCCGCUGCUUCCAGCGGCCGCGGAGCGGUCCCCGCUGCCGGCUGCGGGGUUCCUGCCGGCGGCCGGGCAGCGAGACGGGCCCGGCGGUGGAGCCGGAACCCUGGGAGCCGAGCAGGAGGAGCCGCCCGGAGCGCUGCAGGAGCAGACUCGACCGGAGAAAAGACAGCUCGGAGGCGGGGUCCCAGGGCUCGCGGUGCGGUGGGAUGACCUCCGAUCAGCAGUCCAAGGUCAAGGUGAAGGCGGUCCUGUCGGACUCGGAGAACGAGGAGCCGGUCGGGAAGAGGACCCGGAACGUCGCGGGAGCGCUCAGGAAGAGCAAAACCCCGUCGGCCUUCAGAGACGCCUCCCAGAGGAGUCAGAGCUGUACUGCGUCGGUGGAAGGAGGCGGGAAGCGGCGGUUCCUCCCGCAGCGGUCCGUGAUGAACGCGGCGGGGGCGAGACACAGCUGUGUGGCGGGGAUCCUGCUUUCCUCGGAGAACAGCCCGGGCGUCUCCUCGCCCGUCAGCGGCGACCGCCGGCUGGCCUGGCGCGGCCCGACGACCUCGUUCCCCGCCGCCGCCCGGCCGGAGCGUAGCGUCAGCCCCGAGAGCAACGACAGCAUCUCGGAGGAGCUCAACCACUUCAAGCCCAUCGUGUGCUCCCCCUGCACGCCGCCCCGGCGCCUGGCCGACGGCCGGCUGCUGGAGCCCGCCGUCGUCAAGUCCACGCCGCGGAACCUGCUGCGGGGGCUGCAGAGCCCCACCAGCUACCAGGCCAGCCCAGCCGUGCUGCUCAAGUGGCGGCAGAUCGAGCUGGACCGCCAGAGCCUGAGGGUCACCUCCAAGGCCACGCUGACCUGCAGCCCGCCGGGGGCCCCGGAGGAGGGCCCCCCCGCCCAGGGAGGGUUCCCGCUGCGCGCGCGGCGCCGGGUGUUCGGGCCGGCGGGGGAACCGGGGGACCUCAAGAGGACGGCGGUGAAGGACCCGCCCGGCCCCUGGAGGAGCAGGACCCCGGGGCCCCCCCUCCCCAAAGAGACGGAGACGCAGGACCACCCGGACCCCAGGAGAGGCAAGCACACCCAGAAGAGCCGGCACACGGAGCCGCCGCCGCCGGACGGGAAGAGGGCCCGGGUCCUGCUGCAGCCGCCCCCCCCCGGGGGCCCCUUCCCCCGCGUCCCGCCGGACCUGCCGGGCCGCGCCCCGGCCCAGCCGCGCCACACGCCGCUGGCCUGUGAGCAGCAGCUGGGGGGGAAGGCCCGCGCCCCGCGCUACCUGCUGCGGCCCCGCGUGGCCAAGCAGAGCCAGCGGCGCCAGAGCCCCCGCAGACCCAAGCGGCUCUCCAGGAAGUACUGAGGCCCCGGAGGACUUAUACCCAUGAUGCACUGCUUCCCACAGACCCUUAACAGGAACGGGCGAAUGGCUUGUGUGCUAUCAUGAUUGCUAACACCACCUCGUGGCUAACUAUGCUAGCAUAGUACCACAGUGUCUACGGACGGACACACUACAAGCCCCCCCAGGCCCUAGCGCAGACCUAGCCAAACCAGUCCCAGCAGAGUCUAAGAUAGGCCAGCCAAAGUUAGCCUAGCCUAGCAAAGCCAAAACUAGCCUCAGCGAAGCAGCAGAUUGUGAAGCAAGUCUUAUGCCGUGUUCGACUUGGUGCACUGACGCCCUACAUGAGACCUCGUUCCCACUGAGGCCGGAGUAGAACAGAUCUUGUAUCUGCUCACAUGUGACUCACAUUUCUGAACAGUGUAAACAGCACCGUCACAUGGAAUCUGUUCCAUUCUGAUCCCAAAUCAGAAUGGAACAGAUCAGCCUCCAUUUGACUUCCCUAUGCGGUAGAAGUAGUAGUGUGUAGUGUAGCCUAGCCUAGCUAGACCAGGCCUAGCUUAGCUAGACCCAGUGUAGUGUAGCCUAGCCAGAACUGACAUAUCCUAGCCAGACCCAGUGUAGCGUAGCCAGACCUAGCGUAGCCUAGCUAGACCCAGCUUAGAUCACCCUAGCCAAUCUGUCUCUGUGACGAGCUGUCUGCUACCCUGUGCUUAUUGGCAUGUAGCAUAUGUCAUCAGUGUGUAAAAUGGUAUUUUAUCUGUAAAUAUACUGGUAUGUUAUCAGUAUAUAUUCUGAUAUACAAAAUAUACAAAUGAACACGCACCUAGCAAAUCGUAUUUAUUGGUUUAAAAUUCAACAUGUGAUUCAUUGUUCUUAAUGAAACUGAAUUGUGAUGUUUUGUUAAAUGAACUUAAGCAAUAGGAGGAUGUUUUCUGAAAAAGGGCUAUUUUUUACUGUAUAAUCACAUUAUUUCGAAUUAUUGUUGAACUGUGUUCUUAAAUUUAUGCCAAACUAGCUUGACCUUGAAAUCUUUCUGAUGCAAAAUCUAUCGAGAAUGUAGAAACACGCGAUUGUGUGAUACAUUAAUAUUAAUACUGGCACAAUACGAUCUGCACAGCGCUCCUUCAUAUCUAUAUACCCGGCGGAUGCACCCGGACAAUAAAGAAGAGCUGUCAUCUUGAGUUUGCUUUGAGUAACGUUUUCGGUCAGGCGCCAAAAUCAAAUACUAGAACUAGACUGUUUAUUAUAUCAGAAUUACGCUGAAUGAUUACAAAAUGAAUCAAUAAAUCAUAUAUAUUAAGAUAA